AUGGGGACCAAGGCCUGUGUCCCAUACCUGCCUGGUGCUGUGCUGACCGUGUGGCUGCCCGGAGACCCUUCCCGAGCGGACGCAAAAGGGGGCGGCGGCCCCGCAGCCCCCCAGGAUCCCCGCGGCCCCGCGCUGCCCCAGCUCCCGCGCCGCCCGCAGCUCCUGGAUGAGGACGGAGGGCCCAGCGAGGAAGUGGCCGUGGAUGCGGGCAGCUCCCCGGCCCCGGAGGAGCCCCGGGCCGAGCCCCAGGCCGAGGCCUCGACGGCGGCCCCUCCCGAGGCCGAGGCCACGGGCGAGGCCAGACUGGGGCCCAAGGUGGCCGUCGGAGGGGUGCCCAACAUCGGCUUCGUGGGCGAGCCCCCGCCCUACGCACCGCCGGACCCCAAGGCAGUACACCUGCUCUACCCGCCCUUCCCGCAGGGGCCCGUCCUCUUCCAGCCUGGCCCCUCGCCCCAGGCCCUGUACCCGCCGCCACCGGCCACGCCCCUGUACCCCGCGCCCGCCGCGCCACCGCUCUUUGCAUCGUUCCCGGUGUACAACAGCCCCGUGGCCAGCAUGCCCGCCCCGCCCCUGGUGGAGCACAGGCCCCUGCCCAAGGACUACAUGAUGGAGUCCGUGCUCGUGACCCUCUUCUGCUGCCUCCUCACGGGGCUCAUCGCUGUCGUCUAUUCCCACGAGACGCGCGCGGCCCUGAGCAGGGGGGACCUGGCCCGGGCCGAGGAGGCUUCCCGCAAGGCCCGCUCGCUCGUGCUCUUCAGCCUGCUCUUUGGGGUCUUUGUGUCCACCAGCUGGGUCAUCUACGUGGUCGUGGCCCUGUACCUCCCCUGA